AGGCCCAAGCCAGAACAGAAAGCAGACUUUGAGAAAACAAAGUAUUGCAUGGUUUAGAAGUCUCAAGAUUUGGAGCAAUCAAAUAUGAAGACUUUGGGCCAGGCUUUACCAAGGAGUCAAACCUACUUAACCUCCAGAAAACACAAACAGGGAAAAUACCUCACUUGUACCCCAAGUGGGGACAAAGCUUUAGCAGUAUGUCAGUUCUCAUCAAAAACCGGACAUGCUCUGGGGAAAAGCCUUAUGUGUGCCGCAAAUGUGAGCGAGGCUUUUCCUGGAAGUCAAACCUCAUCACACAGCAGAGGACACACUCAGGGGAGAAACCUUAUGUGUGCAAGGAUUGUGGACGAGACUUUAUGAAGUCAAACCUCUUUACACACCAGAGGGUGCACACCGGUGAGAAGCCUUAUGUUUGCAAGGAAUGUGAGCGUGGCUUUCGCCAGCAUUCACACCUCAUCAGACGUAAGAGGACACAUUCAGGAGAGAAGCCUUAUGUUUGUAGGGAGUGUGAGUAAGGCUUCAGCUGGAAGUCUCACCUCAUCAGACACUUAAGGACACACACAGGAGAGAAGCUGUAUGUAUGCACAGAAUGUGGGCACGACUUUAGCUGGAAAUCAAACCUCAAGACACACCAGAGGACACACUCAGGAGUUAAACCUUAUGUGUGCCUAGAAUGUGGGCAGUGCUUUAGCCUGAAGUCACACCUUAACAAACACCAAAGGUCAUACACAGGGGAGAAGCCAUUUGUGUGCACAGAAUGUGAGUGGGGUUUUACUCUCAUCACACAUCAGAGAACACACUCAGGGGAGAAACUGUUUAUGUGCAGGGAGUGUGGGCGAGGCUUUAGCAGGCAGUCACGCCUCAUUAGACACCACAGAACACAUUCAGGAGAGAAGCCUUAUACCUGCAGGAAGUAUGGAUGGGGCUUCAGUAGAAGUCAAACCUCAACAGACAUCAGAGAACACACUCGGGAUAAAAACUUUAUGUGUAUAAGGAAUGGAAUGAAGCCUUUGACCAGAAGUCACACUUUCUCAGUCAUCAGAUUAUACAUACAGGGCUAUACCUUUAGCAAGUUAUCCAUUGCUAGACACCAAAAUGGAGGCAUCUUAUGUGUGAUGGUAGUAUGUGUGACUCUGUACUGCUAA